AUGAUUACUCAAACCUCGUUGUACCCACCGCAGCCAAACACUGCUCGUGCGUCGAGUACUUUCAUUUCUUAUGAUUCUCAGAACAAUAGAAUUGCUUAUGCAUCUGGAAGGUCUAUCGUUGUGCGCUCAUUAAAUAGCGACAGAUUACCUGUUCAGUUCACCAAGCACACUUUUCCAACUACAGUUGCCACUUUCAGUCCUUCUGGAAACUACAUUGCCUCUGGUGAUGAGUCCGGAAAUGUCAAGAUUUGGGACUCCUCUGUUUAUGGCAAGGAGGAAGGUCUGUUUGAACAGCCAGUUGUCAAGGCUGAGUAUCAGAUUCUCAGUGGUCCCAUCAGAUCCAUUGCCUGGGACGGUGACAACCAAAGAGUGAUUGCUGUUGGUGAGGGUAAGGAUCAAUUUGGUCAUUGCUUCACGUGGGAUUCUGGUAACUCUGUUGGUGAGAUCCAGGGACACUCCACUGUUAUCAAUGCCGUCGAUAUCAAGCCUCAGAGACCUUAUAGAGCUGCCACUGUGAGUGCCGACAAAGCCUUGGUGUUCUACAACGGUCCACCAUUCAAAUUCGACAAGAGUAUUCGUGGCCGUCACAAGAAUGUCAUAAGAGAUGUCAAAUUCAGCCCAGAUGGUAAAUGGCUCGUGAGUGUUGGCUCCGAUAGAACAAUAGUCGUGUAUGAUGGAAAGACAGGGGAGGUUUCCAAUACUCUUGAAGAUGCCCAUAACGGUGGAAUCUUUGGUGUCUCAUGGCUUGCUGACUCGUCUGCUUUCGUUACUGCUUCCGCUGACAACACGCUUAAAGCUUGGAACCCUGAGAAUCUUGAGUCGAAACAUACCUACACAGUCGAUGCCGAUUCCACCGUUUCCAACCAGCAAGUGGGUGUGGUUGUCACCAAAGAAUACGUGAUUUCCCUCUCUCUCAAUGGAAAUCUCAAUUUCUUCAAGCAUUCCGAAAAUGCACCAACGAAGAAAUGGUACGGCCAUCAAAAGUCCAUCACAUCCGUUUCUUCUGACGACAAGAAUGUGUACACUGGUGAUGCCGAUGGCUUGAUCGUCAGAUGGGAUAGAGAUGACCCCAAGUUGGGCUCAACCCCAGAGAUUCUCGGUAACAGAGAAGAUCAACACACAAACUAUGUUGACAGCAUUGUCAAAACCGACGGUGGCAUUGUUACGGCCGGAUGGGAUGACAAGCUCAAGCUCUGGACACCUGACGGGGCUGUCGUCAAAACUGCUCAGUUGGACUACCAGCCCAAACAUCUUGCGUUCGCAUACGGUAGGUUGUUUGUUGCCCACGAGAGCGCUAUUGCUUCAUACGAUGCGGCUUCCCUUGAGAAGAUUUCAGUCAACUCCAUCAACUUUAAAGCUUCUUAUGUGGGUCCAAUCUCAGAAACAAAGGUGCUUGUCGCCAACCUGAGCGGGUCUAAGGUCGAAGAACUCGAAUUGGGUGCAAAUUUGAAGACUGUUCGCUCGUAUCAGCCAUUGAGAUCCGCUCCAUCGUUGAUCAAGGUUUCCCCAGAUGGCCAGUAUGCUGCUGUAGCUGACACGGCAGGUAAGUACACCUUGUACAACACCAGCGAUGGCUCCGUGGUCACUACUAGAUGGGCAUUCCACAACAGCCGAGUAGAAGAUGCUGAAUGGACUGCUGAUUCCAAAUUCUUGCUCAGUGGAGGCUUGGACAGCAGUCUUUUCGUGUACUCUGUCGCCCGCCCAAUGAAGGUGUUGAAAUUCCCUUUGGCCCACCAAAAUGGAGUCACUGGUGUCAAGUGGAUAGACUACGACCAAUCUAAGGGUGUUUUUGUCUCUACAGGAAGCGAUGGCUUCGUGAAGAGCUGGACGGCAGACUUUAGCGUAUACGCCUGA